AUGGAGGACCUGCGGGUGGCAGACGCUGAGCUCAGCAGCGUGAGACGCUUUGUAUCGAUUAACCUGUCGCUUCAUCAAGACAAAACCCAGAAGCAUCAAGAGAAGCAGCUCUUGACCUUUACUGGUGACGAGGAGCAGGUGCUCGAGGAGAAGGUGAGCGAUGGCAUUGCGGCGUACCGACGAGCUUUUUCGGACGCGCAGGACUCGAUUCAGGAGCUACCAAGCCCGAAAGAAGCUAUUGAAGCCAAUCAGGAGCUAAAAAUGCAUCGAAAGAAGCUGCAGGGACAUGUGGUUGAGUGUCGGAAAAUGCUGGUGGCCUAUCGCCAUCGGGCCAAGCUCGAGCGGCUCGAGCAGCAGCGCAAGAGUCUCUUGCCUUCCAGCACUCGAGGCACAAAGGUCAAUAAAGGAGGAAGCGGCAGCAGUGCGGGCUCCUCUGGCUCGGUGGUGGAUGUCACGGUGGCACUGAAGCGUACGCGGCAGGUCAUGUCGCAGGAGAUCGAGCGGGUCAGCUCUGUGACGAAAGUGCUGGACGAUGGGCGGCUGAGUUUGAAGAGUUCUCAUGACGAGUAUAGUAACGUCAAUGCAGAGAUCGUAGAGGUACGGAAGAGACUGAAGGUGCUGGAGUGGCAAGCAAAGCAGGACAGGAUGUGGAUUGGUGCAGGGAUUACAGUCCUGAUCUCGACGGUGCUGUACAUUGUCUACGAGCGGACAGGGUUCAUCUUUUUAUGA